UAUUAUGAUGUUCUUGUAGAACGUUUAACUUGCUUUUUUUCAUAAGCCAGGUAGAAAGCCAGAUCUUUGGUCAUUAUUGAAAAUAUUUGAACACUUGCACAGUAAAUGAAAAAGAUAGAUAAGAGCACAGCUCUUAAUAUCGGUGGUUAUACAUAAACUUUACAAGCGCAUUUAAAAAGGGGUAACCAAAUUUUUUUAAUAAACAACACGCAAAUGGCAUCUUUCAAAACAUCGACUGGUGAUGUUAGUUUCCAACUUCAAAAUACUGAAUCUAACCCGAACAUCAAUGCAGAUGGGCAGAAUUCCGGUAACAAACGGGAAGAUAGCGUUUAUGAGGAGUCGGCGAACAUUGAACAAGAUGAGCAGAUUUCCGGUAGCAAAUAUGUUUACGAGGAGCCGGCGAUUACUCAGCGCAGCGGCGGACAAAAGGAAGACAAAGAGCCGCAAGCGAAUAAUUGGCCUGUGAAAUGUUUCAUGGCUAUGAUGAUCGCAUUGGUGAUUGCCGUUGUUGUUUUGGCAACAUUGGUUGUCGUUCUAUUGUUCCUGACAGUUUUUUUAUCAAAUGAAACAAAAAAGAUCAACGCACAACACACUGACGCCAAUCGAAGGAACGAUGUCAACAGCAAUCGUAUUACGGAAAACCUCGCCCGACUGGCAGACGGUUUGACUAACAUUUCAAUAAAAAUUGAUAGUGUUGCCGGUGAGUUAGCAAAUGUAUCCAGCAGAAUUGAGAGGGUGGAGGUGAAUCUGAAAGAAAUAACAUGGGGACAGGAGAUAGUUUUACAGAGGCGAAAACAAUUUGACAUUUUAUUCAACCGCACUUUUGGGGAGUAUGAAGCAGGUUUUGGAGACUUUUCCGGAGCAGGAGAUGUGUGGCUGGGGUUGAACAGAAUGCACAGGUUGACACAAAAAGGAAGAUGGAACCUUCGAGUUUCGAUGCGCAGUUUCUCCAACAAUACACUUUUUUGGGGCGAAUGGUCAGACUUCACGAUCCAACCCGCUCCCUUUUACAAUAUAUCUUUUGGCACAAUGGUGGCAAAGAGUGAGAAUAUGUACAACACCAGUGGUACUGGUUCUGGCCUUGAUUGGCACAACGGAAUGGCUUUCACAACGACUGACAGAGAUCAAGACGAACAUAUUGGCAACUGUGCUGCACGGUUUGGGGAAGGAGGUGGCUGGUGGUAUAGAUCUUGUUCUAAUGUUUAUCUGAAUGGUAAACUGGUCACUUCAGAAGCACCACUCAAUCAACAUAUGCGAUAUAUUGAUGGUGGUUCUAGUGAAUGGAUAUUGCUUUCAUCCAGUGAGAUGAGAAUGAUUCGAGUCGGCUGACUGGAGGACAAACUAAGACUAGAGAAGAUGACUAUAGAAGAACAUGAACUAACCACAAAAAAAUUAAUUGGAACUAAUUUCAGACAUGAACUCUUCUAGAAGAACCAAAAAAAUGUCAAGUUUAUUUCAUGAACUUAACAUAUUGAUUUCUAGAUUACUUGCUAAACAUUUGAGAUUUCAAAUAAGAUUAAAUAAGGACAUGUGCUGUAAAUGUUUCAUUUUAAGCUUAAAAUGAAUGAGAAAA